AUGGGUGCCGAUGAGCCACGAUUUCGCGUGCUACACGUUAGCAAUAUUUCGAUGACAGCAACACGUGAGCAGAUAUAUCAACUCUUCGCUUUUAUUGGACGGAUUGAUGAAUUCAAGAUUUACCCUUCUGAUAAUCAUCCACAAUUAUCGACAUUUACUCAGAAAUUUGCGUACGUUAAAUUUGAAGAUCAGAAAUCAGUCGAGGUAGCGCAGCAUCUGACGAACACCGUCUUUAUCGAUCGUGCUCUUGUUUGCAUCCCAUCUAUAUCAGAUACAAUACCCGAUGAAGACACAGCGUUGAAAACAGGUGGACCAGCGUGGCCAGGACAGCGUCAGUUACCACCAAAUGUUGUUAAUCAAAUCCAGGAUUUGGGAGACGGGCAACAAAUGGUUCGAAAAAAGUCCAGAAUAGCAGAGAAACAUGGCAUUUUGCUGGAUGGAAUUCUUUGGCCGUUAUUUUCGGAGCCAAAUUGUGCAAUACCGAAGCCGGAAUUUGGUGGGUCCUCCGUGGCAUCUCAGCACCAAGACGGCCCUUGUUCUGAGCAUACAUGUGUCUAUAUUUUUAGUUUACAUGAAAAGGAAACUAAGUUUUACCUGCAGCUCUUGCUUACAGUGGAUCCAACAUUGGCGGCACUUGGCUUACCACCGUAUCCUACACUGAGUGCAAAUACAGAAGCAUCAAAAGUAGAAGAAAUCCGUCGUACAGUAUAUGUUGGCAAUAUACCAAAGGAUUGUGUUGGUGAGGAGGUGAUGAAGUUUUUCAACGACAACAUUGGUGAAAAUUAA